UUUUUGGACGACAAGAUGAGAGCUCAGUUGAAAUGCAUGGUACAAAAAAUUGGAGGAGAAGAAGUUCCUGUAUUCGUCCGUUUAGCGUUAAAACAAAUUGUGUCGGAUGAGUUGGCAAUUAAUUUAACUUGGCGUGGGACAUCGGAGAAGCCAAGCAUACAAAACUUUGCAGUUUUUUCCAUCAUAAAAGACGUUUGUCACUCCAAGUUCCAAAAUUCGACAGAUUAUCAAAUUAAUAAAAUUGUCCAACAACAUUUCUUACACGCCAGGGAUAGAGUGCUCAAACGCAAACUUUCAAGUGAAAAUACUCGCGGAAAUUUACGCCUCUCCAAUUAAUUCCUUAACUCGUACACUUAACUAAAUAAUGUUAACAAAUGAUACCUUAACUAAAAAAUUUAAACAAACUGUUUUUCUUGUUUCUAAUGUUAAUAAAAGUUAAAAUAAAAUUA